AUGGUAGACCCUCUUCGGUCGUCUUUUGCCCGUCUUAACAUUGGAUCUCCUUGUCGUGCAAAACUUGGAAAAAAGGGCCCUUCCUCUGCGGCACCAAGGGUUUUGCCGAUGCCAUUGCAACCAAUGCUACCGGGUGGUCUGCGAUGUGCACGUUUUUCCAGAAAAUCGACGCCACAGCAGCGACUAGCCAGUCUGGGAAAGACCUAUGAACUGAUGAAACUGCUGAAUGGAAUUCUUGAGGACCGAGAUAUGGAUCCUAAGGUGAAGCUGAACCAUCUUCGGAAGUUUCAAACAUUCCAUGGGGACGUCUUCUGGAUGCGUUUUGGUGAUGUGAAAACGGCAGAAAGGUAUUUCGACCGUCUGAACCGUAGAAUCGCGAAUGCUUCGACUAAGAAGAACUUAGGAACUCCUACCGCACUUAUGUCAAGGAACGGCGGUGUCCCCUUUUGGCGAAGGGCGCGCUCCACUACCCCCAAACAUUCGAAGUAG